CCCUCCGACCCCGCGUCCUCCGCGUUUCUCGAGAGUACAAGUACGCCGUCCUGGCCGGCUCAGGUUCCCCUUUCUCUCUUCUCCUUUCCCCUCCUCUCGUCUAUUGCGACGACAUAAACAUAUAUCAUGUCUGCACCCGAAAAGAUCCUCGUCGACAAUGCGCUGCUCACCCAGAUAUUAUCGCAGCUUCAGUCGUUGCAGGUCUCUCACCAGGCCUUGCAGGCUAAGCUCGAUGGCCUCAGCAACCCAGCCUCCCCUCCCGUAAAGCCCUCCGCUGGUCCCGUUCCUCUCCCGGCGGAUGCGUUCUCCAGCCCUCCGUCGAGCACCGUGUCUAUCCCGACUAUUCCCAAGAUGAACGAGCUAGCUGCGGCUGAAUCGAACGGCGUGCUGACGGAUAAGCAGAGGGAGAAGUUGUUGUACCCUGGAAGGGUCAUGCUGACUACCUACCCCGACCAACACGGGAUGCAUCCCCACCCUCUCCAAUGGGGUUCCUCCGACCCGUCCAUCCGCGGCCCCAUCAUCCCCUCCCGUCUCCCCUCCUCCUUCAAAUCCCGCAACGCAAUCGGCGCCCACUCCGGCUCUUACUCCAUCUACCGUGCUCUCGCCAUCGCCAUGGGCACUCUCAUCCCGACCCACAAACCAGACUACAGUAAAACCGAACCCCCCGUCGACAUCCCCCCUCAACCCUCCUGGUCCGACCCCUCCAAGAUCGUCUCCUUCGAUCCCUGGGGCCAUCUCACACCUCAAGUCUUCAAGCGCGAGUCGGAUAACAAAGAGCAAGGUGGAAUGGGAUUGGAUGUGAGGCCUAGUAUUGCGGUCACGAAGGCGCAUAUUAAGAUGAGUGAGAUCGACGAUAGUGCGAGAAAGGGAGAGAUUCCGAUCGAUGGGAAUAUUGUGCUUAAGAGUGAGCCGGUGAGGAAUCCGGAUGGGACCGAGAAUUUGGAGGAGGAUCCGGGGGUGGAGAUUAGGGUUAGUAAGGCGGCGGUGGAGCCGGUUUGGUGGUUGCCUGGGGUGGCGGAGAGGUUUGGGAUUUCGGAGUCGCUUCUUCGUCGUGCGCUGUUCGAAGACACGGGAGGAAUGUAUCCCGAGCUCAUCACCCGUCCGGAUAUCAAGGUGUUCCUGCCACCAAUCGGCGGCAUGACCGUAUACAUCUUCGGACCUGCGCAAUACAUGUACGACGAAAGCAAAGAGCUGACGCUCCGUGUGCACGACGAGUGCAACGGCUCAGACGUCUUCGGCUCCGACAUCUGUACCUGCAAGCCUUACCUCACUUUCGCAAUCGAGGAGUGUAUCAGGACGGCACAGAGGGGAGGUGUUGGUGUGGUUGUUUAUUUCAGGAAGGAGGGGAGGGCGCUGGGUGAGGUUACGAAGUACCUCGUCUACAACCUCCGCAAACGCGACGGCGACUCCGCAGACAAAUAUUUCCGCGCGACGGAGCUCAUCGCGGGCGUGAAAGAUAUGCGGUUCCAGGCGCUCAUGCCGGAUGUGUUGCAUUGGAUGGGGAUAAGGAAGAUCGAUAAUAUGGUUAGCAUGAGUGAUAUGAAAUACGACGCGAUUGUGGGUAGUGGGAUCCCGAUUCUGAAGCGGUAUGAUUUGCCUGCCCACCUCAUCCCCAAGGACUCCCGCGUCGAGAUCGACGCGAAGAUCGCCGCGGGCUAUUUCACGAGCGGGAAACAGCUCACGGAGGCUGAUCUGAUCAAGACGGUGGGGAGGACUUGGGAGGAGACGGAGCAUUAGAUGUUCUCGUUUUUCGGGCUACUUACCCCUCACUGGACGAACGGGGCUGUGGAUUUUGCGAGGGUUUUGUGUGUGUUGGGCUGGAAGUGGGUGGUGAAAAUGUGGCGAUGGUUUGAUGAUGGCUGUCUCUUGUUGGAACUCUUUUUUUGGUCUUGGGGAUAUAAGUGUUGAACUGAUUGUUGUCGAGUACUAUACUCUAGAAAAUGUGUGUUAUCAAACUGUGUUUUUGC